AUGGCCGCAUUCGUGCGAGUGUCCGGACCACCGAAUGGUAAUUUCCUGAUUGGUUAUCCUGGGAUAUCCGCGACGCUGCCGCGUGUGGAAGGUAGAGUCGAGAUUCGUCCAAGUGUCGGCAUCACAGCGCCUGUAAACAUUUCACUAGUCACAGUAUGCCUCCAACGCAAAGAAACAAUUCAUCCCUCCGCGGACUCGGUUACGAAGAAACACCUUGCGCCCCCCCGAAAAGAAGUUACAGAGCUGGUCGGAAAGGAGAUGCUAUUAUUUCGAUGUCCAGCGGGUCGAGAAUAUGAAGAGGUCAUGUCAAUGGACCUUCCUUUCGUCCUGUUUAUACCUUAUGGACGAGGAGGCCAGGAGGUAUCCCGGCGAAUCCCUGCAGCCAGUUUACAACUACCCAGUCGGACGGCGGAGACAUUUUACGAGAUUGUUGUGACGGUACAACAGGGCCAGUCAGAUCAGCGAAAGUACGGCUUUCCCGUUCCCAUCUGUCGAUACGAUACUUUGUCCACAUUCGGAAUGUAUAACAGACCAGAAACGGCAGAGAAAGUCACGGACCAUUUGGUGACAUUGGGCAUAUCACUUCCCCGGGGUUCGUAUGGUCCACUGGAUCCUGUCAGCGUAUACGUUAGACUGUCACCCAAUCCGGACUGGCUAGCGAAAGCUAGGAAAGUCACAAUCAACAAAAUCACGAUUGGAAUUGAUGAAGAGAUUAUAUAUAAUCACGAAGGAGACGAGCCACAACGAAAAGUGAAGACGAUCAUAAAACGAACUGAGAGUGUCGGUACCAAGCUGUCAGAUAUCGGCUGGGCAGCGAAUUUGGGKUUAGUGUUUCCAGCAAAAGAUACCCGCGACGCAGACGGGAUUCUACCGCGAGGAAAGGCUGCUUUUCCAUCGUAUGCGGUCACUGGAUUUACGACUACUGCUAGUCUUUACAAGAUUGAGUACUAUCUCACUGUAAAGGCGCACUUAAUAUCUGCAAGAGACAUCGUAAUACGACAGCCCAUCGUCGUCUGUCCAAUCGAUCAUGCGGGAUGUAAAGAAGAGAUGGAAGCAAUAGAGCAAUCUGCCCGCGAUGCUGCCAUGAUUAACCCUGAGAACCCAGCUUUACCGCAUCCGACGAUUGUUCGAUACCACGAUUAUAACGCACUUUCCGUUCUGGGGGUGGCUGUUGUUGGAAAUCAGAAGCGGCCAUUGAUCGAUUGA